AUGUCUGUCAACAAACCCACCGACGUGAAGCAAAAGGAGCAGGAUAUCAACCAGAAGCUUCAAUUGUUUGGAAUCUUCCAUGCUUUUAAGAAUAGCAAGCUCCCCUCGGAGCUGUCUGCCGAAGGCAAGGUCCUUGUGAAGGACCUGCGCAAUGUCAUCGACCAAUCCAAGAAGCUGUUGUUGUCUAAGAACGACGGCGAGCUGCUUCAGGACUUUAUCUGGCAAGCCCAGCAGAUCACUGCGGGCGAUGCGAAGGCUCCCAAUGUCCCCGUGACUAAGGACGAUGGAAAACAAGAUGCAAGCAAGGCUGCUGAUGGUCUCAAGACUCUCGGCACGUUGCUCAUCACAAAUGGAGAGUUCCGCAAGAUCUUGAGCGAUGCCACCGUAUUGAUUCGUGACAUCGCCGCGGACGCUUCCCAGAAGGCCGCUAACCAGGUUCGCCCAUCCGAGGAAAAGCUUGCCCAGAUCGAUGAGCCUGCGGAAGAGAACACCUGGCACGAGAAGCCCAACAUCAAUAAGGAUGAUAUCAAGGGAAAGUUCAAGAAGAAUAAGACUGACAAGUCUAGCGUCGGGUCGCCCUCGAUUGCCGAAUCCGAGACCGGUACUGCCGGUGAUGCUUCCUCUGUUACCCCAUCAGAGGCGAGCCGUCGCAAGAAGCUGGCGAGCCAGACCAAGGAGUAUCUGGCCGAUAAGAUCCCGAAAGAGCGUCGCGAGCAGACUAUUUGGCGUCUCAAGAAGAUGAUCAUCGAGGUCCAGGGCCAUGCUGAUUACCAGCAAGCCAUCGAGACCUUGUUGACCAUGGCUGAAAAGUACGCCGGCCACACCAAGACCGCCACCGGCGAGAGCGGCAAUGCCGUCCGCGAUGUUCGUGGCACCGACAGCGUCAAGGCCGUGGAGUACAACCUCCGUACUUUGAUCGAGCGUUUCGCCAACAACACUUCGCUCGCCGACUUCUUCGACUCGCUCAACAACAUUUACCGUGAUGCUGAUAAGGAUCCUGAGCUCCGUGGCUGGUUCUCGAACAUCGAUACUUACAUUCGUAAGUGUCUGCGCGAGCAGGGCUUUAUCAUGGAUGAAGAGAGCAACCGCGAAUGGAAUGUGCUAUACGACAAGGGCCGCUACCUUCUUCGCGAGCGCUACCGUUCCCACACCGAUCGCAUUGUCGACGAGAUCAAGUUCCUUGCCGAGCAAUUUGAUAAGGACCCCCAGAACCACGCUCUCGCUCAGUCGAUCCAGAAGUUGUUUAAGGAUCUUGGCCGUGACACUGAGGGCAAGGUUGUUUUCAAGAAGCACCUGCUCAAGGAUAUUCGUGAUGUCAUUCUGCCCGGCAUCGUUGAAAAUGUCCGCUACAUCCCCAUCCCUCGUAUCGAGGUCUCUGACCCGAUGGUGGAUGUCGUUGUUGAGAACCUUGUCAUUGAGAGCGACAACCUGAUGCCAAACGUUAUCGAGUUUGGUAGCGACAACUACUUCCGUUGGGGCCGCAAGAAGGUUUCCAACAAGCGGAACAACAAGAUCAUGAUCGCUGCAUCCGGUAUCCAGGCCGAUCUUCGUGAUGUCAGCUACCACAUCAAGAAGAAGCAAGGCUUCCCCUCGAUCACUGAUACUGGCGUGAUGGACAUCAUCUUGGGUGGCGACGGUCUGAGCUUCAAGAUUGCGGCAUCCACAGCUGACAAGAAUGACAAGCAGAACUUCGUCAAGCUUGACAAGGUUUCUGUUAGCAUCAAGAACAUGGACAUUAAGUUGAAGAAAUCGAACCACAAGGCUCUGUUUGCCACCUUCAAGCCUAUGCUUUUCCGCGUGGUUCGUCCCGCCCUGCAGAAGGUCGUCGAGGCACAGAUUCGCCAGGCAUUUGCUGAUGGCGAUGCUUUUGCCAAAGAGAUCCACGGCGAAGCCAAGAAGGCCCAGGAGGCUGCGCGUGAGGACCCUGAGAAUGCUCCCAGCAUUUUCUCCCGCUAUGCCGAUGCCAUUCGUGCCCGCACUCAGGCCAAGGCUAAGCAGGCCGAGGGAGUUGUCAAGCGCGACACCAAGGUUCAAACCGUCAUGACCCUGAAUGAAUCUAUCUUCCCCGACAUCAAACUGCCCGGUGGUAUCUCAAACAAAGCUACUGAGUAUGCCGAGCUUGCCAGCAAGGGAGACCGUUGGGAGUCACCCAUUUUCAGCAUCGGUGCGGCUUCUGAGUCUAGCGACAUCCCCUCCCAAGGUCCAGUCACUCGCAAGACCCACACCACCGCGGAUGGCGUUGCCUCUGCAGGUGCUGCUGUGGGUGGUGGUGCCGCCGGCACUGCUGCUGCUGCGGGUGUCUCUGGCGCUGCUGCCAAUGCUACCAACGGCACCAAGGUGGACAGCUACCCAUCCCGUGGCUUCUCCGAUGAGGUUGAUCAGGCUUUUGUCAACGGAAAGACCUCUCACCUCAGCGAUGGCGUUAAGACAACCACUAAUGGUACCACUCACACCAACGGUGCUACCCAUGUCACAAACGGAUCUGAUCGAAUCGGUUAA